UCUGCUCAGAAUGCUCUGAAGGGAACAGAAUGCAUGUUUUUAUUCCAUCGAAAAAGUGUUAUGUGUAAUUAUUAUUAUUUCUGUUUGUGUGUGUAAAGAGGAGGAGCUUUCCUACAGCCGGCCCGGUGGUGAUGUGUGUUUGCUUUGUCAGUGUCUCCCUCACACACAGCCUGUAGUUUUAUGGUUCCGUGUUACAAAAUGGACUUCACUGUUAAGAGACUAGCAGCGGACGCCGGAACCUUCCUAAGCCGGGCGGUACAGUUCACAGAGGAAAAGCUGGGCCAGGCUGAGAAAACUGAGCUGGAUGCACAUUUGGAAAAUCUUCUCACCAGAGCCGAAUGCACCAAACACUGGACAGAGAAGAUUUUGAAGCAAACAGAAGUGCUACUGCAACCAAAUCCAAAUGUGCGGAUAGAAGAAUUUUUUUACGAGAAAUUGGACAAAAAAGUUCCCACGCGGAUGAAUAACCAUGAGAUGCUGGGUCAAUCCAUGAUCGAUUCUGGGAAUGAGUUUGGACCUGGCACAGCCUACGGAAAUGCUCUGGUGAAGUGUGGAGAGACGGAGAAGCAGAUCGGAGGAGCUGAAAGAGAGUUUAUCCAGAGCUCAGCUAUUAAUUUCCUUACACCUUUCAGGAAUUUUCUGGAGGGUGAUUUCAAAACUAUACUGAAAGAACGCAAGUUGCUGCACAUCAAACGACUGGAUCUUGAUGCCGCCAAGACGAAGUUAAAGAAAGCCAAAAUGGCUGAGGCAAGAGCUGCUGCUGAGCAGGAGCUGAAGGUGACGCAGAGUGAGUUUGACAGGCAGGCUGAGAUAACCAGACUGCUCCUGGAGGGAAUCAGCAGUACACACGCUCACCACCUUCGCUGUCUGAAUGACUUUGUCGAGGCUCAGACUACAUAUUACGCGCAGUGUUAUCAGUACAUGGUGGAUCUGCAAAAACAGCUGGGAAGCUUCCCUUCCUCAUUCUCUUCCAAUAAUAACCAGUGUUCAGCGGGGGCAGGGGUGGGUGUUUCUGUUCCCACUCUGCCGCUUUCCACCGUUCCCUCUGCAAAUCCCAGACAGAGUCACUCAGGCUUCAGUGAGCUGUUGAGCUCAGGAGUGAGCCGCAAGGCACGGGUACUGUAUGAUUACGACGCUGCUGGCAGCAACGAGCUCUCCUUAUUGGCUGAUGAAGUGAUUACUGUGAGCAGUGUCCCAGGCAUGGAUUCUGAUUGGCUCAUGGGAGAGCGCGGGAACCAGAGGGGCAAAGUGCCAAUUACGUACCUAGAGCUUCUCAACUGAGUGUCAACCAUGACAAAGAAAAACUACACACAAUUCAGAUGGGAUUGCACCAUAUUCAGUGUGUUUACGCAACUGUGCUGCUUCUGUGAGCUGCUUUCAGUAUGUCAUGGAUAUUUAGCUUUAGCAAGAGAAGAGAGUCUCGCCCAAGUCAUUUGUGUUUACAAGCUGAUUAACGUAUAAGUGCUUCUGAUGUAACAUCAUUACUGCCAUUCGAACUUAUAACUGAGGAGAAGAGCUUGCUUUUCUAUUGAAAACUUAACCCAUGAAUCUCUGGAAGUCUUGCAUCUAUCAUAUCAUAUAUACUCAAGUCUGUCACUUUCUGGAGAAAAUUCACUCCAUACCAUUUCUUCGAGAGAUAGAUGGGCAAUUCCAGAUUUUAUUUUAUUUUUUAAAUAUAAAAGAUUUCCUUGAACUCCUUGGAAACGACAAAAACUGAAACAAUUAAUUAUAUUGUGUUCUAUUAAUCUGGUUUAUAAUAGCCAUAGUAGCCAUGUGCCUCAGAUAUUAUUUAUCUUUUUAUUUGUGGAUUUUGAAAACGCCUUUUGAUUUUUAGUACAGAUCGUAAACCAGUGCAUUUCAAAGACUUAUUAGAAACAACCAUUUUUCAUUUCUAAAAUAAUUUGAACACUCGUUCAGACAUGAGUUUAAAUCAAGAGAGAACAAAUUAACAGUAUUCAGCACUCGAGGAGCAUGUUUUGAGAAAGCACAUUUACUUGUGAUGGUUUAUACAGUUUACAGGUUGUUCUAAUAUGCAGCUCAUUAACUUGAUUUUAUAAUCUUUUAUAAUCAGUGUCGCGUGCCUUAAAUACCGCUGUGCCUUUUUAUCAAACCGUUUUGGCUAAUUAUCAGAGGAUGAGCAUGCACCUACCUAGAUACUGUGUGAAAUUAUUUUAUGAUUUUACAACUUACAGUCAAGUAAUUGGCUCCAGCUGUCAAACCAAACACAUCCUUAAUCAAUAUUUUGAUUUGGUUUUAAAGGGGACAUAUUAUGAAAAACCUCACUUUUUAGUGUUUACACAUACAUUUGGGGAUCUGGAGCUGACCAACCUACAAACUCUGAAAUAAGACACCAAGUCAGUUUCUUUUGUGCUGCCCAUUUUAGAAAACAUGAGAUUCAACAAGCUGUUCAGAUUCGGCUCCACUUUUUAUAUCACAAGCAGAGCUCAUUAGAAUGAUCCCGCCCCCUCAUCUGAGUAUCUCCGCUCAUGGCUUGAGAACUGCCUUUGUGUAUGAAUAUUCAUGAGAAAAUCCUAAUUGAUUAAUUGAUUUAUCUGGCAAAGGGGGGGGUGAACAGUGGUUCAUUAUCAUUUAAAGGAACAGGCACUCAAAUCAGCCGUUUUCAACAGGGAUGCUUAAAGGUGUCAUUCCACGACAAACCGUUUAAUACGUGCUCUUUUUGAAAUACCAUAGGUCACUCCGAGUUGCAUAUGCAUGCUGCACGUGAAAAUGUUCUUCUACCUCCAUUCCCUGUAUUAACCUAUGAAAGAAAAUAGACGGAAAAACGAGCGAAUCAGGGCGGCACGGUGGUGUAGUGGUUAGCGCUGUCGCCUCACAGCAAGAAGGUCCGGGUUCGAGCCCCGUGGCUGGCGAGGGCCUUUCUGUGCGGAGUUUGCAUGUUCUCCCCGUGUCUGCGUGGGUUUCCCCCCCAGUCCAAAGACCUGCAGGUUAGGUUAACUGGUGACUCUAAAUUGACCGUAGGUGUGAAUGUGAGUGUGAAUGGUUGUCUGUGUCUAUGUGUCAGCCCUGUGAUGACCUGGUGACUUGUCCAGGGUGUACCCCACCUUUCGCCCGUAGUCAGCUGGGAUAGGCUCCAGCUUGCCUGCGACCUUGUCGAACAGGAUAAAGCAGCUAGAGAUAAUGAGAUGAGACGAGCGAAUCAGAAAAAGUCCUACGAACUUGCGUCACUUCGAAAAUUAGUAGUCAUGGCCUCGCCCAUAACCCACUGGAGGAAGCGUCACAGUGCUGUUAGCCAAUCAGAAGUGAUAUGUUUACAUGUCAUGAAUAGUCACGAGUAAGAGCUGAAAUCCUGUCGUUCUCUCCCCACCCACUCCACCAAACUAGAACAGCCUGAAACAGGAGAACCACAGCAUUUUUUUUUUCCACCAAAACUGGCUCACAGGGCAUUCAAUUCAUACUAGCGACCACCGCACAAUUAAUGAAAAAACGAUGCAAUGACACCUUUAAGAUGGCGUGAGAAGGGAGCUGUGGUGCUUUAUCCUUGUAGUAUUUUGACCACAGUAUGUCACAGACAUUUCAUGCAGACCUUGGGGAGCUGUGUCAAGUUGUGGAAUAGGGGUAUAAUGUGUCACCUUUAAAGCCCUCAUCUCAGAGGCAGUAAUAGUGCACCAACCUACAUUUACCAAUACAGUUGGGGGUUUGUUUUUCCCAUCAUUUUGAGACAGACUCAGAAUAUAGUUUCACCCAACUCAAGUUUCAGGUUGCGUAUCAUCCUGUCCCAGGCCACUGUCUUGUAAGAAUUGCUCUGCAGUUUUGCCUUAUUAACUACAUUUUACAUCCUUUACCAGAUCUCCAGUUUCUCCACAAACAAGACAUCCUUCACCAUGUACAUGCAUGAAUUGAAACUCUUUUGUGGGAGACCACAAGCGGUUAAUUUGUCUUAUCUCAUUUCUUUUGACAAGAGAUAUAUCUGUAAUAAUAUAAAAAAUAAAAGAUUUUGCCUUUUCA